AUGUCUCUCAGGCUUGAGGAGACCUCCAUUGAGGAGCUUCUCAAAGGAUUGGAUGACAGGAACUUCAAUGUGGAAGAUUUGACUUACAUCAAAAGAAUCGAGCAUCUCAACCCUCUGGUUCACUCCGUGAGCCAGAUUAAUCCCGACGCAAGUGAUGUUGCGCGCAGCAAAGAUGCCGAACGGCAACGAGGGGACAAAUUAGGGAAACUACACGGUAUCCCUAUCCUUAUUAAGGAUGUGUUCCUCACCAAAGACCGCUUGAAGUCUACCAGUCCGUCAUUGAAGCACAACAAUUUUGAGGCGACUUCAGUUCAGCGACUUAGAGACCAGGGCGCGGUGCUUCUGGGGAAAACGGUCCCCAGUCAAGCUUCAGGGGGUUGGUCAGUCGUUGGCGGUCAAUGUCUCGCGCCUUACCACAAGGAGCAGGACCCCUCCGGCUCAUCGUCAGGCAGUGCAGUUGCUGCAUGUCUGGGAUUAUCAGCUGCAGCUCUCGGAACAGAGACUUCUGGGAGUCUGAGCUCGCCUGCUCAAAAACCAUCAGUCGUAUCUAUCAAGCCAACUGUCGGGCUGACAUCUAGAUACGGUGUUUACUCUGUGAGCGAAUGGCAGGACACAGUCGGAGUGAUAGCUCGAAGUGUCAAAGAUGCUGCUAUUGUUCUUACAGCUAUCCACGGACCCGAUCCGAACGACAGUUUCACUGUCUCUGAUCCUCGUGACUCUGAAGACGUUCAGGAGCCCUCCGAAGCGACAGAUUUCGCACUCGCAUGCAAGGAAUCUGGCCUCCAAGGGAACAUGAGAAAGUCUCUGGAGGCGUAUGAGACAAACCCAGAGUCAUUGCACACACUCGCAGACGUAAUUAGAUACACCGAGAGCUCCGAAGAGGAAGGAAACGACAAAUGGGGAGUUGAUGAAUGUCUGAAGUGCGAAAAGCUCGGCGAGCAGUAUGACUUGGAGUCGCCGGAGUAUCUGAAGUCUCUUGAGUGGAGAAACCAGAUUGGGAAGCAAAUUCAAGAGCUGCUUGACCGUACGAACUGCGACUUCAUCCUGGCUCCCUCCAUCGAUACCAGCGCAAACGUGGGUGGAUGUCCCACUGUUGGAGUUCCCCUCGGGUUUUACCCCGAGGACACCCCGAUUUCAAGACGAAAAUCGAGCGGAUUAGUCUCCGUUGGCCCCAAUGUCCCUUUUGCCGCAUUACUCGUCGGUCGCCGGUGGGACGACUUCAACUUGAUCUCCGCGGCUUUCGCAUUUGAGCAGGCGACCAAGGCCAGACAUCAGGUUGCGCCUAUCAUCUCAUCAGAUGUUAAGCUUUUGGUGCAGAACGCCCGGGGGAUGGAUGCAUGUCUCUGA